AACCCGGGCAUCGCACGGGGUACAAAACUAGUAUCAUAUGAUUUUAAAAAACAAAAAACCAAAAAAUAAAAAACCACUGUGAUGCCAAACGAUCCCUUAUAUUACUCCGUAUUAAUUAACAAGAGAUUUAUAUUAAUGAAGUAUCAACUCUACAUUUUGUACAACAUAGUCACAAUGUAAGAAUUUUCUCAUAUUCAAAAUGAUUCUUAUUUGAAAAAUUUUGAACUUAGGAUAAGUCCUUCAAAUCAGCUUAUCAUGAUCCUUGUUCAAGAUCCCCUCAAAAAAAAAAUGAUCCUUGUUCAAGAAACUUCAUUUAAGAUAGGAGUAUCUAAAAAUCCAAAUAAUUAUGUGGAAUACUUAGGGCCUGUUCUAAUAGACCGAAAUCAGAUGAACUGAACUGAAUUGAAAUGAAUAUUUUAUAAGAGAAGAGAAUUAGGGGCUGAACUGAACUGAGCUGAAAUGAAAAUAAACGUAUGAAAACAGAUCCUUAGUAAAUAAAUAUACGGAGUAAGAUUUAAAAAAAAAUUACCAUCUUCGGAUCUUCCCUCUACAUUUAUCUAAUUACCUUGCAUUUCCUUCCCCUAUAAACUUCUACAUUCCUUCCCCUAUACACUUUCCUCUAAACAAUUUAUUUUUCCCGCCUUAAUCUAAAUCCCGCCCUUCAUCAACGGUCCAUAUCUUCCAAUACAAUUCACGAAAAGUACGUUUUUUUAUAAUUUUCGAGCUAAAUUAUAACUUUUUUACCGCUUCUUUUUUAUUUUUAUUAUCUGCCCAACCUUUGUUCUCUCUUUCACUUCUAAAAAAAAUCCCCAAUUUAUCAAAAACCCUAAAUUUUUUCUUCAAUUUCUGCUUCUAAAUCCACCAUCUUGCUACUCAAAAUCCAAAAUAACAGCGAUUUUCGGCUUGUAACGUCGGAAUUUUCGCUGGCAUUUCAUUUUUCCGAUAGUGUCGCCGGCGGAUCAUCGGAGUUUUCUGUUUCCCGGCGAGUUUGGUGGUUUUGGUUGUCAUAUUUCAACUUCAUUUGUAAGUUGAAGUUUUUCCGGCGACGAUUUGUGGAAGAGACCCGGCGGUGAUUGGAGCACCGGUGUUAUCUGCGGCGGUGAUUUUCAUCGCCGGCGGUAGUCGAAGUACAGGUGUCAGUUGCGGUGGUUGUCGUUGUUCUAGUUGGUGGUAGUUCAGUUCAGGGUUAGGUUUUAGGAGAGAGAAUGUUUGAUAGUGAGGGAAGUGAUGAUUUUGAAUGCGAUGAUUGUUGUAUGGAUGUUGUGCCUAAAGAGGUUCAGGUUGGUGGCUCCCCGAAAUACAAGGUUGAAAAAAAGCUGGGAAAGGGGGGAUUUGGUCAAGUUUAUGUUGGUCGCCGAGUGUCUUCUAUUGCAGAUAUGCACAAAGGCCCUGAUGCUGUGGAGGUAGCCUUGAAGUUUGAACGCAAAUAUAGCAAAGGAUGUCUUAAUGGUCCUCCGGCUGAGUGGCAGGUGUACAAUAAAUUGAGUGGAAGCCAUGGUGUACCACGAGUACAUUACAAGGGAUCUCAAGGUGACUACUACAUCAUGGUCAUGGAUAUGCUUGGACCUAGUCUAUGGGAUACUUGGAAUAAUAAGAGCCAAACAGUGUCAACUUCAAUGGCUGCAUGCAUUGCGGUUGAAGCAAUUUCUAUAUUGAAAAACAUUCACAGUAAAGGUUAUGUCCAUGGAGAUGUGAAGCCUGAGAAUUUUCUGCUGGGUUCUCCAGGGACACCUGAUGAGAAGAAGUUAUUUCUGGCAGAUCUUGGAUUAGCAACAAAAUGGCAAAUUUCUAGAGGUCUACAUGUUGGGUAUGACCAGAGGCCAGAUGCAUUUAGGGGAACUGUCCGAUAUGCUAGUGUCCAUGCUCAUUUGGGGAGAACUAGCAGCAGAAGAGAUGAUCUAGAAUCUCUGGCUUAUACCCUUAUUUUCCUCAUCCGCGGUUCUCUCCCAUGGCAAGGUUUUCAGGGAAACAAUAAGAAUUUUCUCGUCUGCAAGAAGAAAAUGGCAACAUCUCUGGAAGGGAUUUGUACUUCAUGUCCAAAGCCAUUCCAAGAAUUUCUUGAGCAUGUGGUAAAUUUGAAGUUUGAUGAGGACCCCAAUUAUGCAAAAUAUAUUUCUCUCUUUGACAAGAUUGUUGAUUCCAAACCUGAUGCAAGGCCAAUAAAUAUUGAUGGUGCACAAAAGUGUCAGGCUGGUCAAAAAAGAGGUCGGUUUACUAUUGACAAUGAGGAUGAGGAUGAAGAUGAACAGGUCAAAAAGAAAGUUCGGUUGGGGAAGCCUGCAGUGCAGUGGAUCAGUGUUUAUGAUCCUCGACGCCCUCUGAAGCAAAGGUAUCACUAUAAUGUUGCAGAUGCGAGGGUCGACUCCCAUAUUGAGAAAGGAUAUAAUGAUGGUAUUUUUAUCACUAGUUUGACAUCAAGUGAUAAUCUGUGGGCCCUUAUCAUGGAUUCUGGUAGUGGAUUUAGCGCUCAAGUUUAUUCACGCUCUCCAGUUUUCUUCAACAAGGAUUGGAUAAUGGAGAUGUGGGAGAAGAAUUAUUUUAUUUCUGCAGCUGCAGGAACGGGAUCUGGACAGUCAUUGAUUGUUAUGUCAAAAGGAACCCAAUUCUCACAGCAAUCAUAUAAAGUCAGCGAUUUAUUUCCAUACAAGUGGAUUGCUAAGAAGUGGAGGGAAGGCUUCUAUAUUACCUCCAUGGCAACUGCUGGAAGUAGAUGGGGAAUUGUAAUGUCUCGCUGUUCAUUAUAUACAAGACAGGUUGUCGAAUUAGAUUUUCUCUACCCAAGUGAAGGUAUACACAAGAGAUGGGAAGAAGGGUAUCGUAUCACGGCUGCUGCAGGAACUCCAGACCAGUCUGCUUUUGCUCUUAGUAUUCCUAAACGAAUAAGGAGGGAUCAGUCUCAAGAGACUCUUCGAACAUCCACUUUCCCUUCCACCCAUGUUAAGGAAAAGUGGGACAAAAACUUGUACAUCUCUACCCUUUGUUAUGGUAGGACAGUUUCGUGAGGCUGCAGUGAUAAGGAUCCUUAUUAAAUUGAUGCUAACCGCCUAACGAAUCAAUUAAGAGUAGACAUUUUGAUGGGUAACACAAUCACAAUCAAGUUAAUUCAAGAAUAUAGAGAUUAUCGCGAGCCCUCAGAAGGGUUCUCAUUUUGUACAGGUUCUCCAAGUAGCUAGUUAUCUGUAUGUAUGAAACAACAAAUUGGUAAAGUUAUCCUUUUGUAGGCCGUUCUCCAUCUCUUUGCAAAAGGUGAUUGUAUAUUUAGUAUCUAUUGCAUGUUCUAUUGAUCCGUAAAAUUGUUCAUGACAUGCAUAAUUGCUUAUCAUGCACUUAAAUCAAGUGUUAUUCAAGAGUUAAUAAAUUCUUGUGAGCCUGUGAAAGGGUUCUUUUUGUA